AUGAGUACUUUAAGUUGGAACUGUCGGGGGCUUGGGAACCACUGCACAGUUCAGGCUCUACGGAGCAACGUGGAGAGAGAAGUUCCCAGCUUAGUUUUCCUUAUGGAGACUAAGAUUCCUAGAAAGCAACAUUAUAAGAUGAAGGAAAUUCAGAAUUCCAUUGGUUUUACCCAAGGUUUAAUUGUCCCUAGUGAGGGUCGGAGUGGGGGUUUAGCUCUUCUUUGGAAACCUGAAACUGUUGUUAACAUCAGGGGGUAUUCGAAGUGGUUUAUUGAUGCUGAGAUCAUUUGUAGCAAUGGGCAAGGGAGCUGGCGCUUCACAGGUUUUUAUGGCCAGCCAGAUACUAGUAAGAGAGAGGAGACUUGGCAAAUUCUUGAGGCAUUCGGACGUAGCAAUACAUUACCUUGGUUGUGUAUUGGGGACUAUAAUGAGAUCCUUAGUAAUUCUAAAAAAUUGGGAGGACAGCCUAGACCGGAGAGACAGAUGGAUAGAUUUCAGGAAGUUGUGGACGUUUUCCAUUUUAGGGAUUUGGGGUAUACAGGUGCAAGAUAUACUUGGCCGAGACAUUUUGAGAAUGGAGAUAGUGUAUGGGCUCGAUUGGAUCGGGCAAUGGCUACUGAGGAGUGGAUGAGAAAGUUUGCUAAUGCUAGAGUGGCCCAUAUAUCAACAGUAGAGUCUGAUCAUUGCAUGCUUUGCCUCCAAUGGGGCCGAGACACCAGGAACAGAAUGAGAACAGGGAAGUUAUUUAGAUUUGAAGCCAUGUGGCUUCGUGAUCCUCGUUGUCCAGAGGUGGUUAGUGAGGCCUGGGAGCGUGGUCUUUCAUUUUCUUUGGGCUCCCCAAUCCACAAUUGCUUGCAAUCUUGUAGGGAGGCUUUGCAACGAUGGAAUAAGGUGGAGUUUGGCCAUGUGGGGCGUCGUAUUUCGGCUUUACAAGCCAAUCUACAACGGUUAGAGCAGCAACCCGAGCUUCAUGGUGAGGAAAUCCGAAGUGUGAGGAAGGAGUUGGGUUCAUGGCUAGACACUGAAAAGGUCAUGUGGCAGCAGCGUUCUAGGAAUAUGUACUUGUUGGCUGGUGAUAGGAACACUCGGUUUUUUCAUGUUAAAGCUUCCAAUAGAAAUUAG